AAUGACUUUUGAAUGACGCUAAAUGAGGUUUUUCAAUUAUCAGAAAGUGAUUUGAAUGUUACAAUUACAAAUAAUAAAGAAAAACUGAUAUAUAAAUGUUGCAGGUGGGACUUUUAGAUGUAGACUUAUGUGGUCCAAGUGUACCAAAGAUGUUUGGUGUAGAAGGGAGUGACAUUCAUCAGUGUCCUGAAGGAUGGCUACCAGUGUAUGUAGACAAGGAACAGAGACUUGGUGUGAUGUCAAUAGGUUUCCUUAUAGAAGGAAAAGAUGAUGCUGUUGUGUGGAGAGGACCAAAGAAAAAUGCUAUGAUCAGACAGUUUUUAAGUGAUGUAGUUUGGGGCGGGAUUAUUGACUACCUUGUUAUAGAUACACCACCUGGAACAUCAGAUGAACAUAUUACUGUGAUAGAAAGUCUCAAAUCUUACUGUCCAGAUGGUGCCCUACUAGUGACUACACCACAGGGUGUGGCAGUUGGAGAUGUGAGAAGGGAGCUGACAUUUUGUCACAAGACUGGAGUACCUAUCCUGGGUAUUGUGGAAAAUAUGAGUGGAUUUGCCUGUCCAUGUUGUGGGGAAGUAACAAAUGUGUUCUCUAAAGGAGGGGGAGAAGCUCUUGCAAAACAAGCCCAUGUUCCUUUCUUAGGUAAGACAACAUUAAAAUAUUACAGGUGUAAUUCUGCU